AAGUACAAUUUGUCUAUGAGACAAACAUAUAAGAAUAAAGGAAUUACAAAACAACGAUGAAAUGUACAUGCCCGUAAGCCUUGGUCACAACAUAGCUUCGUCCAUGAAUAUGCACUAUGCAAUAGGCUUUGUGUAGAUGCCCCAUAAAAGAGGGGUUACAUUCCCUACUUGGGAUCUUGUAGUAAUGUGAAUACAAAUACAAUCUCAUACUCAAUCACUCAAUUCCAACCACACCUAUUUCCUCCUUCUAAAAAGGACAAACAAAGAUGAUUUCACUGCUCACUAAAAAUUCCUCUGCCCUCUUUACUACAUACUACCUACCUCAUACAAAAUACACAACACAACUUUAUCCUAAUCAUACCCCAUCACACAACAAAAUUAACCCAAAUAAAACAGACCAAGGGGCCAUCAAAGUCAACAAUGAUUUCCUUGCAUUGCUUUUCACUAUUUCAUUUUUUCUCCAAACCCAAUACCAAUAAAUCCUCCCUCUCUUCACCCUCAAAAAUCUCACAUUUUUUCACUUUCUAAUUAUCCCACUUUUAAACCCACAAAACAAAACACAUACAUAAUAAUUGCAACCAAAUGACACUCCACAAAAGAAGACUAGUUCAAACUAGUACCAUAUGUUUCUCUAUCAACUCCUUUUCUCUUCAAGUGGUGGCCACAGCCACACUACUAGUGUUUCUCCGCCUUUCGUGUGUCGCGGCCACCCACACAACCACCAAUCGUGUGACAUCCUACCCGAAUUUCCAACACUUGAAUGUCCCUAAAGAAAUAGCCUCCAAUAAGCUUCAAAUUAAGCAUUCUCGUCCUACAAAAUUAGAUAUCGAUCAUCACCAUCAUCAUAAUCCUCUUCCUAAAUUUAAUGAACUAAAAACCGUCACAUUAUUAUCCAAUGACGACAACAACAACAAUAAGAAUUCAAGUUUGAACCUUAAGUUCAAUCUCAUUCAUAGGGACAAGCUUAGCAAUAAACUAUCGGCAUCUGGCAAGCACAAGCAUGAUCACACCCAUCGAUUCUCGCUCCGAAUACAGCGCGACAUCAAGCGUGUUGCCGGCCUCAUUCACCGCCUUUCGAAUACUAACACUAGUGGUGUGGAUGAUUACAAGGUGGUGGAGUCAUUCGGGUCGGACGUGGUUUCGGGUAUGGAUCAAGGGAGUGGAGAGUACUUCAUAAGGUUAGGAGUAGGAAGUCCUCCAAGAAAACAAUAUGUUGUCAUUGACUCGGGCAGUGACAUAGUUUGGGUACAAUGCCAACCUUGUAAACAAUGUUACAAACAAUCUGACCCGGUAUUCAACCCGGCCCAAUCAGCCUCGUAUUCGGGUGUCUCGUGCUCGUCGUUCGUGUGUAGUCGGAUUCAAAACUCGGGUUGCAGCCACGCAGACCGAUGCCGGUACGAGGUGCUAUACAGUGACGGAUCUUACACCAAGGGGAACCUUGCAUUUGAGACUAUCACAAUUGGUGGGACUGUUGUAAGGAACGUUGCUAUGGGUUGUGGACAUAGUAAUCAAGGCAUGUUUGUUGGGGCUGCUGGUUUGUUGGGGUUAGGUGGUGGGUCCAUGUCUUUUUUGGGCCAACUUGGGGGUCAAACUGGUGGAGCCUUUAGUUAUUGUCUUGUGAGCCGAGGGUCUGGAACCCCCGGCUCACUAGUAUUUGGACGAGAAGCUAUGCCCGUUGGGGCUGCUUGGAUCAACUUGGUCCGCAGCCCCCGGGCCCCUAGCUUCUACUACAUAGGGCUUAUGGGACUCGGGGUAGGCGGGGUCCGAGUCCCGCUCCCUGAAGGUGUGUUUGACCUCAACGGGUCAGGAGACGGUGGAGUGGUCAUGGACACGGGCACGGCCGUGACCAGGUUUCCUACCACCGCCUACCAAGCAUUUCGGGACUCAUUCUUGAUCCAAACCGCCAACCUCCCCCGGGCCUCGGGGGUGUCGAUUUUCGACACAUGUUAUAAUCUAGCCGGGUUCGGGUCAGUACGAGUCCCGACCGUAUCAUUCUACUUUACGGACGGGCCAAUCCUGACCCUCCCGGCAAAGAACUUCUUGAUCCCUAUAGACGAGGCGGGUACAUUUUGCUUCGCUUUCGCUCCUUCGUCGUCAGGACUAUCCAUCAUAGGAAACAUUCAACAAGAGGGUAUUCAAAUAUCUAUUGAUGGUUCCAAUGGUUUUGUAGGAUUUGGACCUAAUAUCUGCUGAAUGUUUAUGAAGUUAUGAACACCAAGCAAUUGAUUGAAUUACCAAUUUUAUAGUCAUCAUACUACUACAGUAUAGAAGUAACUCUAAUAAGUAGUAUAGUAAUAGUAUUAUAGUAAUACUGGAUCCCCCUUUGUAAAGUUAAAUUACGGAGUAUUUUUUUUUCUUUUUGCAAUUUUGGCCUAUAUUUUUACUCUUUUUCUAGUCAACUUUUGUUACUGCUAUGAUCGAUUAUGAUUGUAUUGAUAAGUGUAAUUGAUAAAUAAAACCAUAUAUUAUGUUUAUGAAGUAUGUAAUAGUAUGAUAAUCUAUCUGUA